AUGGUUGAUGACUUGAGAAAAUAUUUAAAUCAUCUGAUUGAAAAGGUGAAUGGAUUGCACUGUAUCCUGAUAACUGACCGCGAAGGUGUGCCUGUUGUAAGAUCAGUUACAGAAAAAGCACCCCAAUUAGCCCUGAGACCAAAUUUUAUAUCAACUUUCGGUAUGGCUACUGACCAAGCAAGUAAACUUGGCUUAGGGAGAAAUAAAACUAUAAUAUCCAUGUAUUCUAGUUAUCAGGUAAUUCAAAUGAAUAAACUACCACUAGUAAUCACAUUCAUUGGAAGCGACAAUUGUAAUACUGGACAUAUUUUAGCAUUGGAAAGCCAAAUAGAACCCUAUUUACAGGAUUUGGGGACUAUAGUUGCAGAAGCACAUAAAGAUAUGUAA